UCGGACUAACACGAUGGCGGCCACCGCCUUGCGGGUCUGGGGAGCUGCGGCUACUGCCGCCGGGCUGCGUAGGCGGUAGGUGACGGCCACGGAGCUCCGAAGAGGGGUGCAGCUGGGCGUAGCGGGAGAAGCUCAGGUCGCCGCCCUCUCCAGGGGAGGGGGUCGUGCAUCUCAUGGAGCCCUGGUCCUUCCCAUGUCGCCGCAGUCCGGGCUUGACAUGAGGUGGACGGCGGUGGGCGAGGCUUCUCUGCGCGGUGUCCCGGCGCUCCGAGGCCCCAGAUUCUGUCAUGUGAUGAAUCCAUGCACCACUAAAAAGCAGUCCUUGCAUCAAUUUUUACGAAGACCACUUUUCCUACCACAUGGAGCCUUAUGUAACACAGUGCGAUACAUGUUUAUUCAAACACAAGAUACCCCAAAUCCCAACAGCUUAAAAUUCAUACCAGGAAAGCCGGUUCUGGAGACAAGGACCAUGGACUUUCCCACACCGGCUUCAGCGUUUCGCUCCCCUCUGGCUAGGCAGUUAUUUAGGAUUGAAGGAGUAAAAAGUGUCUUCUUUGGACCAGAUUUCAUCACUGUCACAAAGGAAAAUGAAGAAUUAGACUGGAAUUUACUGAAGCCAGAUAUUUAUGCAACAAUUAUGGACUUCUUUGCAUCUGGCUUGCCCCUAAUUACUGAGGAGACACCUUCAGGAGAAGCAGGUUCUGAAGAAGAUGAUGAAGUUGUGGCAAUGAUUAAAGAAUUGUUAGAUACUAGAAUACGGCCGACUGUGCAGGAAGAUGGAGGAGAUGUAAUCUACAAAGGCUUUGAAGAUGGCAUUGUACAGCUGAAACUCCAAGGUUCUUGUACCAGCUGCCCCAGUUCAAUCAUUACUCUGAAAAAUGGGAUUCAGAACAUGCUACAGUUUUAUAUUCCAGAAGUAGAAGGUGUAGAACAGGAAUAUGAAGCUGCCUACUCUCAGUCCAGUGGAAAUCUACAUCCCUUUGGAAAACUCCAGCAUUAUACUCCAUUUCCUCAUAUCAAGAGUUACUUGCAAUAACUCUACAGAGGCUUACAGCUAUCCAGAAACAACUUUUGCCUCCUCUGAAACUCUAGAAAAUAGUACUUUUCUGCCUCCUUACAUUUCUGGUGAUCUUUCAGCUCCAAGCAGCUCCUUGAAUGAUCCACCCCUAAUGCUGACUCUAAUACAUCCUACAGGACAGAAAUAGGAAGUUAAAUAUAGGACCAGUUAAUCUCAUGGUUUUCACUUUGUUGACUUUCUUGGCAGUAGAAUGAGUUUUUUUUUCUAGCAGAGUUAGAAAUCUCUGCUCCAAUUUCUGCCUACUGGUAAAAUUUGGAACCACUCAGAGAGUAUUAGGGAGAGAGUACUACUUCUAGUUGGAGUUAGCAUCCUUUGUCCUUAAAGUUUAUGGGAGGGAAGCAGGCCGUGUUCACCUGAUACAGUGGACAUCUUUCAUUUGUGUCUUUUGUUCCUUCUUCAUUCUUUUAGCAACACUUUCCCCUUUCCUUUGAAAAAUGGAGCUUUCCAGUCACAGUGUUCCACCUUCUUUGUCACAGGAGUGGGGCAUAUGACUCACACUGGACUAGAAUCCUCCCCUAGAAUAUAAGAUGCAAGUAUGAAGGAAGAGUUUCUCUCCUUGGAUUGCAAGCUAUGAACAUGUGAUUCCACAGCUGUUGGAGGGUCCUUUCCCUGUCCAUGAGGUCAGAGAGAUGAAAAAGUUCUAACAACAUUGAUUGUAUUCCUGGACAUAGAUAUGACUAAAGGUGUUUAUAUCACUGACCUUUCCAAUUACAUUAGCUAAUAAAUCCUCUUCAUCUAUUUUGAGUGAAAUGUUAUUGUUUGUCAUUGAAAUGA